GUAAGUAUCUCUCCCAUUUGCCUGGUGGGACAAUCGGGUCUCAGCACCUCCAGCAGCUCCAUCAAACCCACAAUCCAACCAAGCCGUCAACCAGCCAUGAGCAAGGGCUACUCUUCCUCAGCUCAGACCGCCUCCUCAUACCGUCGUACCUUUGGUUCUGGCAUUGGUUCGACCCCAUUGUCGUCCUUUUUCUCUUCUGGAGGAGGAGGCCGCAGCUCUGCCUCAAGCCACAUGUCUAGCCGAGUGUAUGAGAUCAAGAGUACCAGUCUUCCCUCCUAUUCCGCCUACCGGGUUUCAUCUGGUGGUGCCGGAGGAGCUGGUUUUGGCUCGUCCACAGCCGUGCGCACUUACAGUGGCGAGAAACUCGACUUCAACCUCGCAGAUGCCAUGAAUCAGGACUUCCUCAAUACAAGGACCAAUGAAAAAGCUGAACUUCAACAUCUCAAUGACCGCUUUGCCAGCUACAUUGAGAAGGUACGUUUCCUGGAGCAGCAAAAUGCAGCUCUCACUGUGGAGAUUGAGAAGCUGAGGGGCCGCCAGGGGCCCGGACGUGUGGCUGAAAUGUAUGAGGAAGAAAUGAGGGAUCUGAGGAAACAAGUGGAGGCCAUUACUAACCAACGUGCCAGAGUGGAGGUGGAAAGGGACAACCUGGCUGAUGACCUGCAGAAACUGAAGCUGAGACUGCAGGAGGAGAUUCACCAGAAGGAAGAAGCUGAGAACAACCUGUCUGCCUUCAGAGCCGAUGUUGACAGUGCCACACUAGCCAGGCUGGAUCUGGAGAGACGCAUUGAGAGUCUGCAAGAGGAGAUCGCCUUCCUCAAGAAGAUCCAUGAAGAGGAAAUCCGUGAACUGCAGAGCCAGAUUCAGGACACUCAGGUGCAAAUCCAGAUGGACAUGUCGAAGCCAGACCUGACAGCUGCUCUGAGGGACAUCCGCAUGCAGUACGAGUCCAUUGCAGCUAAGAACAUCGCAGAUGCUGAAGACUGGUACAAGUCUAAGGUGUCUGAUCUCAACCAGGCUGUCAGCAAGAACAAUGAUGCUAUGCGACAGGCCAAACAGGAGUCCAUGGAGUUCAGACACCAGAUCCAGUCCUACACCUGUGAGAUUGAUUCACUCAAAGGAACCAAUGAAUCUCUGCUGCGCCAGAUGAGAGAUAUGGAGGAUCGCAUGUCCCGUGAGGCUUCUGGUUACCAGGAUACCAUCGCUCGCCUGGAGGAAGACAUUGCUAAGAUGAAGGAUGAUAUGGCACGUCACCUGAGGGAGUACCAGGACCUCCUUAAUGUGAAGAUGGCCUUGGAUAUUGAAAUUGCCACCUAUCGCAAGCUGCUGGAGGGAGAGGAGAGCAGGAUCACCACCACUGUGCCUCUGCAGACCGCUUAUUCCUCCAUUGGAUUUAGAGAGACCAGUCCUGAGGCCCCGUCCCAGCGCUCCUCGGAGGUUCACUCCAAAAAGACCGUUCUCAUCAAGACCAUUGAAACCCGUGAUGGAGAGAUAAAGUAUUCUAUGAGCCAGGGUGCUAGUGCUCAGUGUGUGGUCAGCGAGUCCACACAACACCAACAAGACAUCAUGUAAAAGAACAACUUAAGAAAACACUAGCUAUUAAUUAAAUAUAUGCAGCAGAAGCUUGACUAAAAAAGUGAUCUGUACUGAUUUAUAACUUUAUUUCUAUUGCAACUCAAACAAAAUGUCUGAAGAAGAUAUGUGAUGAAAAUACUAGUAGCCUUCGAUGCGGCUGCCAUUGCGAUCAGUGCAGUCGCACCUGUUUUUUUACUCAUGCCUGAAAUCUGUCUCGUAAACAUCUCUUGUAACAUCUGCUAAAUUUGUGAAAUUGUCUCCUCGUAUGCUCGGCCAGCUUAAUGUGACUACAGACAUGUUGAUGACAGUGUUAAUGCACAGAAGAAGGUACUGGAAAAGUUGUGAAGUAUGUACUAAUGCAAACAGUUUAAAGCGGUGAAAUGAUUCUCACCUGACAAAGGAGACAUGAAUCACAGCAGUAAGUCAGCUCAUGGGACAAUACCAUAAUACACAGAGAAGAGGACCACCACAACCAAAAAGGAAAUGGAGGGGAGUGUUAAAAUUAAA